GACUAUAUUUUAGUUCGCUAUUUCUUGGAGACAUCGAUAGAAGCGCUGAAAAUUGUCGCCUUUUUUUGGUAAAAAGUUUCCGAUCUUGCAGUUCCUGUAGCUGCCUGUAGCCGGCGUGAGCUGGCGUGAGUUAAAUUUGAAAAUGGCGGGUGAUAGCACAGCCGAAGAUGAAGUUAUGGAGAUAGAAAUUUUACCAUCCACGAGCACGAAUAGUGAAACGAAACUCAAGGAGAAGGAUGGUAAAUCUGCGAAUAUGCCGUGGAUCGAAAAAUAUCGGCCUCAGGUAUUCUCCGACAUUGUUGGCAAUGAGGACACUGUAUCCAGAUUAGCGGUCUUUGCUCAGCAUGGAAAUACUCCAAAUAUUAUUAUCGGUGGCCCACCUGGAGUGGGCAAAACUACCACAAUUUUAUGUCUGGCUCGUACUCUGUUGGGACCAGCGUUCAAAGAAGCCGUACUUGAACUGAAUGCUUCAAACGAGAGAGGGAUAGAUGUAGUUAGAAAUAAAAUCAAAAUGUUUGCUCAGAAAAAGGUGAAUCUUCCAAAGGGGAAGCAUAAAAUCAUAAUUUUAGACGAGGCAGAUAGUAUGACCGACGGUGCGCAACAGGCGUUACGCCGAACGAUGGAAAUUUAUAGCCACACAACGAGAUUUGCUCUCGCGUGCAACAAUACAGAGGAGAUUAUCGAGCCUAUACAAUCGCGAUGUGCUAUGUUAAGAUAUGGAAAAUUAACAGACGCUCAAGUCUUGGCUAAAGUUCUCGAAGUCUGCGAAAAAGAGAAUAUUUCUUAUACAGAUGACGGUAUGGAAGCGAUAGUAUUUACAGCUCAGGGGGACAUGAGACAAGCUCUAAAUAAUCUGCAGUCUACAUAUAACGGAUUUAAUCAUGUGAAUGCAGAAAAUGUAUUUAAAGUCUGCGACGAGCCUCAUCCUUUGAUUGUCAAAGACAUGCUGGAUAAUUGUAUAAAGGGAGACGUUUCUAAAGCAUGCACAGUAAUGGAUCAUUUCUGGAAAAUGGGAUAUUCGGCAGAAGAUAUUGUCAGCAACGUAUUUAAAGUUUGUAAAAAUCACACUAUGGACGAGAAACUGAAAGUGAAAUUUGUUAAGGAAAUUGGAAUAACACAUAUGGGAAUAGUGGAAGGCAUCAACAGUUUGUUACAGUUACACGCUCUAGUGGCAAGACUUUGCCGCGCAUGCACAUCAAAAUAAAAUUAUGCGAAACGAUUGUACUCUGUGUAUUGCUUUUCAAUAAAUAUACUUAUAUAUUUUUCAUUACAUA